CGGAUGCGGGGAUGGAGGGCGGCGAAGCGGGCGGCGGCGGUGGGGGGCUCCUGCAGCAGAUCCUCAGCCUUCGCCUCGUACCCCGCGUGGGCAAUGGCACCACCACCUACUCCAGCCCGCUCUCCACCUUCCCAGAGAUGUGGUACGGCGUCUUCCUGUGGGCACUCGUCUCCUCCCUUGCCUUCCACGUCCCGGCCGCGUUGCUUGCCCUCUUCACCCUCCGGCACCACAAGUACGGCAGGUUCAUGUCCGUGAGCGUCCUGCUGAUGGGCAUCGUGGGACCCAUCACCGCCGGCACCCUCACAAGUGCUGCCAUUGCUGGAGUUUACAGAGCUGCGGGGAAAAAAAUGAUUCCCUUUGAGGCCCUCAUUUUUGGUGUGGGUCAGACAUUCUGUGUGGUGGUGGUUUCGUUCCUGCGCAUUCUGGCCACUCUGUAGCUCCUCUGGAGAGGCUGGAGAACACAAACCAGAUGGGGAGCAAAGGACCUGCUGCCUCACAACGAAUCACAUGGAGCACAGCUCCAGCCUUGUGCUUCUUCCACUGAUUUAAGGAAUUGGGAGGGCUUGCUCCUGCCUCCAGCCUGGCUUGAAAGUUAAAACUUGUGAAUUUUGUUACUAUUUAGUAACAUUAAGUGCCAAGUGAAACUUUAUGUGACUACCAGAGGAGGAAAUGCAGGUACCUUCCACCUGUGAUGGGUUGUAAUAACAGCACAUGACUAAAAUGUGACACCAGCUGUGCUGGGUAGGAACAGGCCCAGAGUGACUUGUGUCCUCAGAGCUCACUUUCCACUUUGUUGCUUGGUUUUGAGUGAACCUGAAGCUCUUUUAAUGUCAGUUUUUUUAAAUUAAAAAAAUAAUUUAUUUUCUUCCUGGCCCAAACUUCUUAAUACCAGGUCAUAGCCAUAGUGGAUUUGGGAGCAGCAAAAGGAAAACUCAUUUUAGAUGGAUGAGAGUGCAAAUUUGUGUUUGGGACACAGGGGAAAAUGCUGCACAGGGGAAAUGACUGGUAUAAAAAAGAUUUUGUGAAUUUUAUUAUAGCAAAGCCCUUCUGGCCCUGUGAAUAUUCUACCCAGAGGCAAAGCACAGUGGAGUGGGCACUCCAGAAAUCCCAUAUGUGCAUGUGGACAUGCACAGCUUCUCCUCAGGCUUUGAAAGAGACUCGUGUUUUCAAAUGACCCUGUUCUCCUUUGACUUGCUGAUGCUGUUCAUGUUGGUGUGGUGGAGCUGGGUGUCUGCACUGAUCUGGAAGUGGCACUGGCCAGCUUGGAUAAAAUAAAUCCCUCGUGCUGCUGCUGAGAGCUGUGUGGCCAGGCUGGGUUGUGACCCGGUGCUGAGAGUGCGCCACAUUUUCAGCGUCCAGCCAACAGUGUGCUGGGGGUUGGGAGAGCUCCUGGCAGGAGCCUGGGUGAUUCCUGUGAACACAGCCCCAAAUCAACCCUUCUCCACAACCCUUCAUGUCUCCUCAUGAAUUGUUUUAGUUUGUUUUGGUUUAAAGUGACUUUUAACUAAUUGGUGGCUCUGCAGUUGUGCCCGGAGCUGUGCCACAUGGCUGGGGCACUUGAGCAGCUGACUGGGUGCUUCCUGGGGCUCAGUUCUUUGGGGAAGCCGAGGUUGAAUUCCAGGGAUGUGGCUGGGCAGUGUAGCCACCCCUAGGGGUUUGCAGUGCUCUGUGUUUGUACCCAGCUCACACCAUAUGGGCUGCAGAGGGAAAGCACUGUCUGUGUCCAGCCUUUCAGGGGACAGUUCCCAUCUGUGUCUUCACUGAAUUCUUCUGGUUUCCAAAUCAGCUCCUUUUGUACCUGCAGCAUUUCCUAAGGCCAUUUAUCCACAGUGAGCCCACGUCCUCAGUGCUGAAAUGGCUGGACAUGGCACUUAGUGCCAUGGUCUGGAUAACGAGGUCGUGACCAACCAAAGGUUGGACUCGAUCUCAGAGGGCUUUUCUAAAAGGAAUUGAUUCUGUGAUCCUUCCAUAGGGCACUGUGGUUAUCAUGGAAAACGAUUUUUCUAUGCAUGGACUUCUCAGGAGUGGUCUGUCAACGGUGAGAGGUGUUCUGCAGGUGGUACUUGCUGAGAUACCGCUAAAUUUUACCCUGUGUUAAUUCAGGGAAUAUAGAUGGUCAGUUUAGGAAAUAAUUUAAUGUGAAUCCUUCUCCUUUGGUGGGUGAGGUCAAAAUGGUGUAACAUAUACUAAACCCUGGAUCUGUGGAGAGCCCUGUGUGCUGUGCUGGUUUUAGAUAGCCACUUUUUCUGCCAGGGCAGAAACAACGAAAAAGAAGGAAUAAAGUUUCUUUCUUUUCCCCCUUCCCACUUCAUAUUUCAGCAUGUGUACAGAGUGCACAGUUUAAUUUACAGGAAUUAAUCCUGGAUGAAUUAAAAUUAUUUCCUGGAAUUUGGAUAGGGUGGAUCUGGCAUUACCUUUCAGGUGACACCAGAAACCGAUGUCCUGAGCACCUGCUGUGUUCUCCUUUACCCUGCCCUGGUGCCUGGCACCGCUCAAUAGCCAUUAAGCUGAUUGCUACUGAGAAAGCACUUUAUCCAUGUGCCCCGUGCUACAGCAAGAGGAGGCUUCCUUGCAGGAACAGGGCUGAGGGGUGCAGAACACAAAUGGGGCUGUUACAGAGCUCAGAACAAGUGAAAAAUUGCUCAGUAAAGUCACUCAGCACUGGGUGAACUGAAAACCUCCAGUUUUCUAUCCUUUGGGAUCUCCAAGAGUCUGUUUUGAGGGGGUUCUGGUUUACUUGAGGAGUUGGCAGCUGAACUCUGUUUGGAGUGUUUGGAGCUGGCAAUGUCUCUCUAUGCCUGGAUGCUGUGAAAUUUUCAGGGAAUUCCUGCAUAAAAGGUGAACAAUCGGCUGAUUUGUCUUGACAUAUUAGCACAGGAGGCAAGUUCUUUGUGUCACCUUGUGCUCACAGAGCAUCUUCCACUCCACUGUCUGCUGCUGGCAACCUCCCUCUCCAGUAAAACCAGAGCUAAACAGAAAGGAGGAGCAGCCUUGAGUUGAAGCACCAAAUGGCAAUUGAAGCACUGGUGGCAGUUUCCUCCCCUCAUUGGUUUGGCCUUCACUUUCCAUUCCUUUAUUCCAAGUGAGGCAUGUGGAGGAAUCCCUUCAGUUUUCAUCGGGUGUUGGUAGACUUUUCUCAGUCAUACUUGCCAAAACCUGCAAAGAGCCGGCAAAAACAUCAACACUGAGGUGUCCUGGGCUCAGCAGUGCUGUGAGCCUCUGCUGGGGAGCCCAGCCAAGGUGUAGGUUAAGGAAACACUUGGAGAAGCUGCCUGUCCUGGAGGAACACCUGCUUAUGUUGAGGCUUGUGGCCCUGCUCCCUGUGUGUGACAACCCCUGCUCCCACCUGGCUUCCUCUUGCUCACAGCUGUGGCUGUCAUGAACAAAUCUUUGUAUGAUUGAAAAUUCUGUACAUUUUAUUUUUCUACUGACACUCCUAAUCCUGGUGGUGAUUAUCAGUAAAUUCUGUAACUCUU